AUGUCAAGUCACAAAUGAAAAUAGACUUUCUGUUGUCCAAGCAAUAAUUGCACAUUGCGCUGUAGUGAAAAAUGUGCCUAUGUUGGAGCAGUUCGUUAGUGGUCUAAAAACUCUUGGUGUAAUUGAUGUUAUCAGACGUUAUCCAGACAAGUUUUUACAGCAUUUUGUUCACUGUGCAAAGACUAAAACGCGAGAAUAUUUAAAGGGAUUAUUAAAGUUGAAAGAAACUGGGAUUGAAGCUAGUGGUUUGGCAGUGUUUAACAUGUUACAGAAAUUUGUGGAAGAAUGCUCUGAAGAAGAUAUUGAUAAGUUCAUAAAAUUUUCAACGGGCUGUUCUUACGUUCUUCCCCCACCAACGGAAAAUAUUGUCGUAGAAGUAUCACCAGAUGCGGCAAGUAUUUUUGCGUCUACUUGCCUAUUCAAGCUGGUUUUUCCAUCAAGGUUCAGCCAAGAAAGUUAUGAGCUAUUUAAAGCAGCAGUGUUAGGUGUAAUUUCCACCACCAGGAAAGAUAAAUCGUUUUCUCUUCCAUGAAUAUUGUUGAACUUAUCCUUUAAAG